AUGGCGUGGACCGCGAAGGGCAGCAGGUUCGCCGCGGCGAAGGAGGACGCCAACCCUGCCGUCGGCCCCGGCUCGUACGCCGCGCCUUUGGUGAGGCGCCAAACGGCGCCGAGCUGCGCGCCGUUCGGCUCGGACAGGGCGCGCGACGUCAGCGAGCCGCUGCGCGCGGCGGGCUCGCCAGAGCCGCCGCCAGGUCCUGGCGAUUAUGACCCCAGGCCGCCCGGCACGUACAGCUCGGGCCUGCCUAGGAAGGCCGCGCCCUUCCAGUCGAGCGCCCCGCGCACGGGGGGCGUCCCCGCCGAGGCCAAGGAGCCGAGGCCAGGGCCAGGCGCCUACGAGGCGCCAGGGGCCCCCCUGUGCGUGGAGGCGUGCCGGACCAUGGGCGCGCCGCAGGCGGAGAGGGGCCUCAUGUUCCACUCGGCGAGCGCGCCCUCCAUCCCGCGGGGCCACCAGUGCUGCGGCUACGUCGAGGGCGGCGCGGGGCGGCUGGUGAGGCAGCCUCCGAGGAACGCCUCGCAGCUGCUCUCGGGCUGCGGCGCGGAGACGGCGGGGCCCGGCCACUACGACGUGCUGGGGGCGUCGGGCAGUGCGAAGAGGGCCCUCGGCGAGUUCGGGAGAGGGCCGCCGAGGACGGUUACCAGGGUAGUCGAGACGCCAGGGCCUGGCCACUACUCGGAGAGGGGCGCCCCGCGGGGCCGCGGGCCCCUGUCGAGCCUCGCCUCUGGCACGGAGAGGCUCGCCCUGAAGGACGACGGGAGGCCUGGGCCCGGCGCCUACACGCCGACUGGGCCGGGGCGCAAGAGCUUGCGGGAGCUCCACCCCGAGCUCCAGUUCUUCGGCAGCACCUCCGAGCGCCUGCAGCGGAGGCCGCCGGACGGGGUGCCCGGCCCCGGGCAGUAUGAGCUUCCGUGCAGGCGAGCGGCCAGACCGCCGGCCGAGACCUCGUUCGGCGUCUCGCACCGCUUCGAGGGCCCUCGCAGCCAGGCGGCAGCAUGGUCCGCGGGGCCUGGGCCAGGGGCCUACGACCCCACCCUCUUGGCGACGACAGGCGGGGCCCAGGGCACCGCCUCCGUGCUCGCCAGCACUGGGGUCCUCGCCUUCGGCAGCAUGCAGAGCCGGCAGUUUGGCGGUGCGAGCGAGAGAGUCAGCGAGUCCCCUGGGCCUGGCAACUACGAGGCGCCGCCGGGGCUGGCGGCACCGCGCGCAGUCGCCCAGGGACAGCUCCGCACGGGCAGGGCGGACCCGCCCCACGCGGUUUUCGCCUCGGAGAGCGCCAAGAACACGCUGAUGCACGCGACGCUGAGGGACGCCGAGAAGGUGCCGCCCGUCGGCCGGUACACGCCCUUGAUUUCCAGGGAUACGUCGGCGGUGGUGCGGAUGCCCCCGAAGUCCGAGGGCUUCCUGUCCUCGGCCCCACGGGCGGACCGCUCCUCCAGGGCGGAGCAGGGCCCCGGGCCCGGGAACUACUCCCCCGCCGACUGCACGUGCGGGAAGCUCCUGGGCACCUACAACCGCGCCGUCGUGGACGGUUUCCGCCGUGGCCUCGGCUUCGGGUACACGGGCAAGCGCUUCAGCGACCAGCCGGCGGCGACGCCCGGUCCGGGCGCGCACCAGGUCCAGGGCAGCUUGGUCUCGAAGAGUCACAAUGUGCACUUCGGCGACGGCGUGUUGCUCGUGUCGGCGGGCUCCCGGGACGACACGCUGUGGAUCCUGCUGCGAGGGGAGGUGGAAGCCACGGAGCAGCCCUCGGAGAACUGCCGCAAGGCCCGCACCGUGGCCGUCGCCGGUCCCGAGGUGCUGGGCCUGGACUGCGCGCUGGCCCUGCGCGCGGAGUCGCGGGUCGAAGUGCGCACGCGCACGAGCUGCGAGCUGCGCACCCUGCGGGGGAAGCUGUUCCGGGAGAUCCUGCGCCGGUUUCCCGACGACGAGGCCUUCCUCUACGCGGGCGCCAGGGCCGGCCUGGUCGCGCCCUGGCCGUGGGCCGCCAGCAAGAGGACGACCACCGCCGAGUCGUCGGACGACGGCCGCCUCGACGACAGCUCGCUCCGCGGGCUGCAUCCCGCCAAGUACGCCGCGGGCUGGGGCGCGGGCGGCCGCGACGUCUCCUCGCCGCCCGUUUCCGACGGAGCCGCGGCGCGGGUCCCCGAGAGCAGCAACGCCUCCCCGGUCGCGCGCUCCACCGGAACACCUCGGGCGCUCCAGGCGCUGCCGCCGUGGACACCGGGCCACUCGGUGGGCGACGGCUCGGCGGCGCGCUGGACGUCGCCCCCGGCCCCGCCCUCUGGCUGCCAGGGCCGUCGCCUGCGACCCGAUCCGAUGCGGUUCGGCUCGCUGCUUGGGGCCUCGACUCCGAUCAAGUGUGGCUCCAGGCUGUGCAUGGUGGUUGGGCAGCUGGCGCAGGCGGCAAUCCUUGGCGCGGCCAACCACGGCGGCGCCUGGCUGGCUCGCUGUCCAACGUGCCCGCCGCCAGCGUCCUGCCCGCCGCUGCCCGCCUUCCCCGCGCCGACGUUGAGCUGCCCGCAGGUGUCGCUCACCUGCCCGUCGCCGCAGCCGGUGAGCUGCCCGCAGGUGACCCGCGCGGCGCCGGUUUGCCCGCCUUGCGAGGCGACCGUCUGCGAGGAGCCGCCUCCUUGCCCAUCGCAGGCCCGCGAGAGUGCGGGCGAGGCGGCCUCCUGGACGGUCUGCGUGCCGCUCUGGCUGGUGGUGCUGCUGGCGUUUCCCGAGGGUGAGAUCUCCGACGACCACCUCGUGAAGUGGAUCUCGCGGGCGGCCACGCAGGCCGUGAAGGUCGCCGAGGCCGACGGUGGGCUUGCUGCCGACUGCGCCAUCGUGAGCUGCCGUGGAGGGCGCCGAGUCGCCGCAGAGGCUUUGCUGGGCGCGGCGCUCGUGCAGCCCAGCGCCCGCGUGGCCAACGACAUCUUGGGGCUCGACCUGGGGCUCGAGGUGCGACCAGUGACCGUGUCCGUGGGGGUCAAGGGCGUCUGCGCGCCGAACGGCAAGGCGCAGCCCGACGCCCGCGCACUCUCGGUCAAGGUUGGCCCAGGCGGGCGCAUGCGCGACUGGAAGGGCGUCGGGCAUACUCCGCUGGACCAUCACCUCAUAUUCCGCAGCACGUGCUCGUGGAAGCCCGAGCAGCGGGGCGUCGCCGAGCGCGAGACGUUGCUCCGCAUCAUCGAGUUGGCAGGGCAAUACGAACAGCUCGACAUCAGCAACUUGUCCUGCGUGGAGGCGGCAAUGAAGCUGGUCCAUGCGAUCGAGUGGGCGUACCUCGACAAUAUCAGGGAGACGGAUGUGGGGUCCAGCUCGCGGCUCUCGAUCGAGGAGGUCACCGCCUUCUCUGGAUUCAGCCGCGUGGGCGAUCUGCUGAUGCUGUUCCUCAUGGCUUGCCACGCGCCUCUGCAGGAGAUGGCCUACUUCAUGCUCCUCCUGGUCUCGAGCCUCCUGAGUGUUGGAAGUCGCGAGGUCGACUGCCGCGCCCUGGAGGGCUUCGCCAGUGAGAUGUUGUUCCUGUCCCCUAUCUUGCUGGAGGAGACGCCGCGCCUCGAUUUCAUGCUGCGUCUCUGCGUCGCCGAGUUCGGCGGCGAGUUUUGCGACGACGCGGCUGUGCAGCGCCGUGUUUAUGCUGCCGCUGCGGCGAUGAGCCCUCCUCUCGCUCUUGCGCCCUCGGGGGCCCUGCAGGAGCUUCGAGGGUGCUUGGUGUGCGAAGACACGCAGUCCACCAUUAGCGCUCCACGCGAGACAUGCGUGGACGAGGUGCUGCGCAACUCUCCGCAUGAAUACCAGCGGCUGAUCGAGAGGCUGGAGAGGGCCGCGAUGAUCGACUACGCGCUCGAGCCGCCGGAGUUUUGCCUGCUUUUCUUCGUCAGGAAGAAGCAGCGCAGGCAACGCUUAACCCCGUUGGGCUCAGCACUGGGGUUGCACUUGGACGUGGAAGUGCCAGCAGGAGCUACCUUGUACGUGGGCCACGUAGAUAUCAAGGAUGCCUUGUACCAUUUCGCGUUGCCGCUGCGGAGCUACUCUGCUCUUCCAGCCGCGCUGGCUUGA